AUAUUAAGUUGUUUCCCUCCAAUCAAUUCAUAUGCUCCACUUUCUCUCUCCACCGUGUGUUUUUGGGAUUUCGUGCCAUCACUUUCUUUGUCUGUCUUCACUAGUGUCCCGCCGGGAGAAUAGGAAGUGAAAGAGUAGACGAAAGCUAUUCCUCUGCUUCUACGAAACAUUUUUUUUUAAUUAUAUAUAUUUUUGUUGUUUGCUUUCUUCAUCUUCUUUCUCCUCCAACAAUCUCUCUCUCUUACAUCUUUGUAUAUUUUGACAGUUUGUGAUCUUUCCAAAUUUGUUCACCUUUUCAUCCAUGAGAAACUGACUAGAUGGAGAAGUCUCUGAAGAAACUCAUUUCAGAUGAUUCUGAAGUGAAGAAUGCUUGGAAAAUUCCCUUUGGAACAGCUUCACAUCAUGCGUCAACUGAUGCUAGCUUGUUUUCUAGCUCGCUGCCUGUUCUACCACAUGCAAAAUUAAACCUCGCUGAAUCUGAGAACUAUUGUCACUCCAUUGAUGAUAGCUCAACUAGCUUAAACGGACUUCAUUUAGAAGAUGAAAGUAAAGAUCCACUGGAAGGGGAACCAACUCCAGAUGGGUGUUUUCUCCCCGGGGAUGAAGAUGAGCUACUAGCAGGCGUAAUGGAUGAUUUUGAUCUUAGUGGAUUGCCAACUCAGCUGGAGGACUUGGAAGAUGAUUUUUUUGGCAGUGGUGGAGGACUAGAAUUGGAACCUGACACUCUGGAUAAUUCACUUAAUGGUUUUGCAAAAUUAAGUGCGUCUGAUGGUAUUCUUGGAAGUAGUGUUGGACAUCAUGUCUUCCCAAACGGUGCUGGCACUGUUGCAGGAGAACACCCAUACGGAGAGCAUCCUUCCAGGACACUGUUUGUUCGGAAUAUUAACAGCAAUGUAGAGGACUUCGAGCUGCGAUCUCUCUUUGAGCAAUAUGGUGAUAUCAGAACUAUGUACACUGCAUGCAAGCAUCGAGGCUUCGUUAUGAUAUCUUACUAUGACAUCCGAGCUGCUCGAACCGCAAUGCGUAUGCUGCAACAUAAGCCUCUAAGACGCAGAAAGCUAGACAUUCAUUUUUCAAUUCCUAAGGAAAAUCCAUCAGAGAAAGAUAUUAACCAAGGAACUCUGGUCAUUUUCAACUUGGAUCCUUCAGUAUCCAACGAGGAUCUCCUCCAAAUAUUUGGGGCUUAUGGGGAAGUGAAGGAGAUAAGGGAGACACCGCAUAAGCGCCAUCAUAAAUUCAUUGAGUUUUAUGAUGUUAGAGCAGCUGAGGCUGCCCUCAAGGCUUUAAAUAGGAGUGACAUAGCUGGUAAGCGAAUCAAGCUUGAACCCAGCCGACCUGGUGGAGCCCGUCGAAGCUUGAUGCAGCAACUUAGUCAAGACUAUGAACAUGAAGAAGUUCGAACAUUUAGGUACUCGGUUAGUUCUCCAAUCGCCUCUCCUCCAGGCAGCUGGUCAAACUUUGGCAGUCCCGUUGAGCCCAGCUCCUUGCUAGGUUAUAAUCAAUCACCUGGUCUGAGAAAUCUCAGUCCUGUAAAUGGCAAUCAUAUGUCAGGGCUGGCUUCUAUCCUUCCAGGCCAUCUUUCAAGUCCUAAGAUUGCACCCAUUGGUAAAGAUCCAGGGCGACUUGGCUCUCUGAAUCAUGCAAUUACUAGUCCCAAGUCGGUGCAAGGAAUGGGUUAUCAGCAAUCUUAUUCAGUUCCAGAGCAUGUACCACAUUUGAACUUUGGAUCUAUGUCGCUUGGUGAGCCGAAGUCAUCUGGGAUUGGAACACUUUCUGUCCCAGAAUUUCUUUGGGGAAGCCCCCCCGUGCAGUCAGAGCGUACUGACUCUUCUGUCUGGUCAAAUUCAUCAUUGGCACAUCCAUUUGCAUCAAAUGAACAAGGGCAAGGCUAUCCAUAUUCCCGUCGACAGGGCUUGUUCCUCGGUUCACAUCAUGUGGGAUCUGCUCCAUCAGGGAUUCCUCUGGAUAGGCGUCUGGGUUUUUUCUCUGAGUCUCCUGAAACAUCAUAUAUGAACCAAGUUGCAUAUAGUAGUAUAAGUUCCAGUCAUAAUAAUGGAGGUCAUGCGAUGAGUAUAGGUCACCUUGGGGCAAUGAACAUGGGUGGUUCUCUUGCUCGGAACUUUACUGAAGGUGGUUCUUCUAUCUCUAGAAUGAUGCCACUGCCUAGGAAUGGGCCGAUAUUUUUCGGAAAUAGCUCUUACGGAGGAAUAGGAAUGGCUAACAACGAAGGGAUGAUGGAACGAGGUCGAAGUCGAAGAGCUGAGAGUGGAAAUGAGAUAGAUAACAAAAAACAAUAUCUGCUUGAUUUGGAGAAGAUCAGGAGUGGAGAAGAUGCUAGGACUACUCUAAUGAUUAAAAACAUCCCAAACAAGUAUACCUCAAAGAUGCUACUCACAGCAAUUGACGAGACUCAUAAGAAUACAUAUGAUUUCCUCUACUUGCCUAUUGAUUUCAAGAACAAAUGUAAUGUUGGUUAUGCCUUCAUCAACAUGGUGUCUCCUUCACAUAUCAUCUCCUUUUAUGAGGCAUUCAAUGGGAAGAAGUGGGAAAAGUUCAACAGUGAAAAGGUUGCGUCUUUGGCUUAUGCGCGUAUCCAAGGGAAGGUAGCCUUGGUUGCUCAUUUCCAGAACUCAAGCUUAAUGAAUGAAGACAAGCGGUGCCGGCCAAUUCUUUUCCGGUCAGAGGGCCAAGAAACAGCUGACCAGGAACUGUUGCCGACCAACAAUCUGAACAUUUGUGUUCGUCUGCCUGAUGGGUCCUAUUCUGGAGAUUCUCUGGAUAGUCCAACUGGUGAUCUAGAUGAGAAGCUUUUCAUGCAACGAGAGAUCAGCUGACACUUUACCAUGAUACAUGAUGGCAAUGAGCUCUAACUGUGAAUAGGAAUAGUAGUACAUAACAACUUGUUAAGCCAGUCAUCCCAUAUAAACUCGUGUGUGAGCUAGGCAGUGUCUGCUUUUUGAACAAUCGACACUCCACAGCAUGCGGGGCAAAAUGUUUCGAUGCAGGGAUUAUUUUGUUUGAAGCUUUGAGUGAUGAUAAUCAAUGUUUUAUCAAUAGGGAGUUUGCGAAAGUGAAGCAUUCUGGCAACAUGUGAGUCUCUCUGCUGUUGUAAUAUGCUUUGCCUCCUUUUUACCCCUUUGGUUGUCAUGGCACUUCUUGUGGUGGGGUUUUCUUACCCCAGUGUACAUGUUUUAGAGGGUAUUGGGCCUGUUUCUAAGUGUACAAUAUGGAAUACAGGCCUUGCACUUUUUUAUGGGUUUCACCUCUUUCCUACUUAAUGAAGGCAACCGUUGUAAUUAUAACUUGAAUGUGGAGUUGAACUUAUGCUACUUAUCAUCAAACAAUUUUAUUUUUUCUUGUGAAA